AUGACUUUCUUUUAUCGUUUUUUUUUUUCUCACUUCUUUCUCGUCUCUUUUUCUCCCCUGUUCUUCCUUAACGCGCCAUUUUCCGGACAGAGUCUCCUUCUUCUUACUCUUAGUUUUUCCUUCCCGUCGUUUACAGAGAUAACGGCAGCAUCUCUGGGCUUGCAAAAUGACCCUCGCCGGCGGGCAGGGUUAGCACAUCACUGCCCUCACGCGUGCGUACAAAAAUACUCUCAGAAAGGCCAACAAAUCUGUCUCUGUUCCGCGAACAACUCUCAAAUCUCCCGGCCACCCCAUCCGCCACCUGUUUUCUCUACUUAUCUAUCUAUCUAUCUAUCUAUCUAUCUAUCUAUUCUUGACUGUAGAUCUCUCAGAAAAGAGAUAAAUAAACAGAUAGAUGUUAACAAAAAUAGCAUUGCUUAUGAUAACAGACUGUUUCUAUCUAUCAAUCUAUCUAUCUAUUUAUCUAUCUAUUUAUCCCUAUUUCAUCUUAUUCAUAUCUAUCUAUCUAUCUAUCUAUCUAUCUAUCUAUCUAUCUAUCUGUCUGAGUCUGUUCAUAUCUAUCUAUCUAUCUAUCUAUCUAUCUAUCUAUCUAUCUAUCUAUCUAUCUAUCUAUCUAUCCCUGACUGUAGAUAUCUAGAGAUACUGUAUCUAAACACGUUUGUCCGUCAUUUUGUGGCCGUGGAAAAUGCUAUUGUUCUCGUCCCUUCGCCCGCGGCAGAUCCACGGUAA